AUGCGUGCAUGCCGGUUGCAUCUACCUCUGAAAGUGCCGAACCUGGCCUGGUGCUGGAGAUCUGAGCCCUUGCUGUGUGUCGGAUUUCGACAUGGUGGCAUAACCCUGUUUACGCAGCAUGGAGUGGUCCUCGUGUCAUUUCUGCUGGCAGCAAGUCCAGUUCUCCGCAUUCGAGAAUGUCCAGAUGAGUCUAUGAAGCAGGCAGAGCACCAAAGCAAGAUCAGCGAACGGCUCAUGAUGCUCCAUGAGCAUGGCCUCCUGAUCCUUCUUUGCUUGGAUAGCUUGACUGGCUUGACAGAGGCUCCAGACGGAACUAUUCAAUCGGAGGAUCUGUGGUUGAGCCUAUGA